GAGGAGGCAACAACUUAGGGUUUAUCGAUUUCACACUAUAAAACAAAAUGAACUGAGUCUGCUGCUUCACUCUUCUCUUCCACACCUUUCAGAUCUUAUUCGACCUCUCAACUAAGGUUUAACUGUAUUUGAAGAGUUUCUCAACUGCACUCUCCUUUGAAAAUGAGCCGCCCAAUGGAGGAAGAUACUGUGGGUAAGAACGAGGAAGAAGAAUUUAACACCGGACCACUAUCAGUUCUAAUGAUGAGUGUUAAAAAUAACACUCAGGUACUGAUAAAUUGUAGAAAUAACAAAAAGCUUCUGGGUCGUGUUAGGGCAUUUGAUAGGCACUGCAAUAUGGUGCUUGAAAAUGUUCGGGAGAUGUGGACUGAGGUCCCGAAGACCGGUAAAGGGAAGAAAAAGGCCCAGCCUGUUAACAAAGAUAGAUUUAUUAGCAAAAUGUUCUUACGCGGAGAUUCUGUCAUCAUUGUUCUUAGAAAUCCAAAAUAAUUGUAUUAACUCGUAGUUGGUAUUUUGAUGACCGCCCGGGAACUGUUAAACUAAUUUCCGCAUCUUUCAUGUACUUAUUAACGUGUACAUCUAUUGAUUGUAUGGAGUAGUUUUAAUAUGUUAUGUUCUUUCUGGUUUCCCUUGUUAA